AUGGACAGCGAUAAUUACGACUCCCAGUCGGGCGAUGACGCCGAGAAGUAUUCCGUGCCUUCGGCAUGGCCACCCACCGACCGGGAUUCCUUCGAGGUAUGUUUUAAUGGGAUCGACGACCCUUUUUGCCCACACAGCAUGUCACUGUUUCGGAAGUGGGCCAUCGUUACAAUACUGUGCAAUGUAACGAUUUGCGUUACCUGCACUAGCUCAGCAUACACAUCCACAUACACCCAGAUGAAUGCCGAAUUUGGCACAUCAUCUCUUGUCUCCACUCUCGGACUGUCAACGUUCCUCUUGGGUAUUGCCUUCGGGCCACCAAUGAUCAGUCCUUUGAGUGAGUAUUACGGACGACGUCCCAUCUACCUCGGGACAUGGUCUCUUUUCAUCCUUUCGACAAUUCCAUCAGCAGUUGCAAAGAACAUUCAAACCAUACUGGUCACUCGAUUCUUCAGUGGUGCCUUUGGCGGUACCUUCCUCUCAGUGUCAGGAGGGACCGUGGGCGACAUCUUCCUACCACACCAAAUCCAACACCCCAUGUCUCUUGUGUCGCUAGUGCCGUUCAUGGGGCCUUGCGUGGGCCCAAUAGUCGGCGGAUUCAUCAACUACAACAUCAAUUGGCGAUGGACCUAUUAUAUCAUGAUCAUCUGGUCUUCGAUUUUGAUGGCCAUUAUUGUACUUUUCACGCCCGAGACCUUUCAUCCAAUCAGGUUAUACAUGAAGGCCAAGCACCUCCGCCAACAAACUGGCGAUGACCGGUAUAGAGCGCCGAUGGAGAAGAAGAGCGGAGAUGUUCAGCCGUCGAAGGCUUCCAUCAUAGCAGCCUCCAUGCUACGACCCUUACAGUUCAACUUCUUGGAGCCUAUGUGCCUCUGCCUUAACGUAUACUCGGCAAUCUUACUGGCUAUACUGUACUUGUUCUUCCUGGCGUUCCCGCGCCUCUUCCGAACGGAGUAUGGGAUGAACCUAUGGCAAGGUGGUCUUACAUUCCUUGGCAUUAUUGUAGGCAUGUGCUUGGCUGCAGCAUCAUCACCAGUCUGGUCCAACAUCCGCACGCGACUUGUGGAGAAGCACGGGACUAGCGAGCCGGAGUUCCGAUUACCGCCGGCUAUGUUGGGCGGGUUCCUGAUACCGAUCGGGUUAUUCUGGUUCGGCCGGACGAUAAGUCCCAAUAUCCAUUGGAUAGUACCAAUCAUCGGCUCCGGCGUCUUCGGCUGCGGAACUGUUCUAGCCUUUACUGGCAUUUAUACCUUCCUCAUUGAUGCGUAUGCAAAGUAUUCUGCAUCGGCACUGGCGUCUAAUGGACUGACUAGGUGCCUCUUCUCUGCUGCGUUUCCAUUAUUUGGCGUGCAGAUGUAUGAUAGACUCGGUCACCAGUGGGCAACAAGUCUUCUUGCAUUCCUUACAGUUGCUAUGAUGCCCUUCCCAUGGCUGUUCUUCAAGUACGGCAAUGCUUUAAGGGGGAAGAGUAAGUUCGCGCUUCAUGACAAGAUGUAG